UUCCAGGUGAUUGCAAAUUUCAAAGAAAAAAACCCACAAUUUAUUGUCAUUAAUGGAUCAAGAUAGCGCGAACUUACCAUAUAAACCAUAUUUUAUAGCACCACAAAUUCAAUCGGAUUCACAUCCGUACGUGAAUCGGAGUCUAUCGUCCGGUGAAAAUAAUUUGUAUCGCUCCCAACAGAUAUCAAGAAUUUCGUCGCAUCUGAAAGAACACAAUCUUUCAGAUGCGCUGAAUACCUCCCUACUGGGAUUAACGAGAUUUCUAGAAUGUCACGAACCUAAUCCUGAAAUAAGUCACAGCAGUCCUAAGUUGCACUUCCUCAGCGAUUCAUCGGUUGUGAUGAAACCCCUCAUAUCAUCCGCAACCUCUCAUUUACUGGCGUCGCAGGUCAUUAGGGAACCUGGAUCGAUUUCAAACAUGACAGAAGGAAAAGAAGUUAUUUUCGCUGGAACUGCUGGAAAUAACCACAUCGAAAGACCAGUCCCAAAAAAACUUCAGAGCCUGUCGGAUGGACAAGAUCAAUUCACUAACACGUUUUAUCUGCCAGUAGCACAAAAUUUCAGAAUGAUCAGUGAUCGAGAAGACGAUAUAUCCGUAUCUUCGUCAGCAGUGAGCAACACGACAGCAAUUGAUAAUGAAAUUAUUACACUGAAAGCGGACACUGAUUCUGUUUACUCAAAACUGAACGAAAUUCAGUGGAAGCGUCAAACUACAAUUCAAACUUUGCAAGAAAACGAAGAAAGUAAGCUCAACAAUAGCAACAGUAUCGUCAAUAUUGCUAAUGGUAGAAGUGGAUAUUUAAAAGUUGCUGAUGAAAUUCAAGAAUCUGUUAGCUGCAAAACGGCAAAAGAAACUCUCCAGAUUUAUCAACUGAUUACAAAUAAUAAUCAAAAUAAGAAAGAAAAAGAGCAAACUGAUGAAAGGACAUGUCCAGUGAAUUCUGCAGAAGAGAAGAAAUUGGAACCAUUGGGACAGUUGUGCGAUACAUGGGAAAACAGUGGUCAAUUCAGGAAGCCAGAGUUAACGGCCUUCCAGAAGCCUCGAAACUCUUUUAAAACUCGUCAGGAUAAAAGUUCAAGUGAAAUAGAAACAGAUGAAGAUAUCAUUUUGGUAAGUUGUCCUCAAGAAACAGCAGAAGUACAAAUGAAAAACAAUGAUCAAAAUCCGACAAGUAAUCUUCCUGGCAAAGUCAAUUCCGCAAGUUCAGUUGAGAUAAAUAAAAAUUGCGGAUUCCGAUCUAUGAAUGGAAUAUUACAACAGAAAGCGAAUAAGUUAAAGGAUCAGUACAGAAAUAAUGCCUCCCACAAGCCGAAAAUAAAGAAUACGAUUACUGCAGUGAAACGAAUCCAAGAAUUCUGGGAUGACACAAAUCUUCCAUCUCAUAUCGAAAAAGCAAAAAAUCUUGAUAUCAGUAUCCAAAGCGAGAAAGUAACUCAGAGCAUCAGACCUUGUUUACCUCGAACUAAUCAUCUUACACAAUCACCAAUCUCGAUCAUGGGAUUUCAACAACCGACAAUUGGUUUCCAGUCUCCAGUACGAUUUGGACCAAUGUUAUGCUUUCCUAAUAUUUCAACGUCUGCAGAGAAUCAUACAUAUUUUACGAAUCUGUACAAUCCCUUCUCACAACCAGAAUCAGUUCAGUUUUUGACAUCGACUCAAUUACCAAAACACGUCUUACCAACGAUACCUGCUUCAAUACAACCCUUUCAACAGCAUCCAUGUCCGCUGCUGAAUGUUCACUUUCCACCAGCUGAUAAUACCAUUAGCGCUAAGCCAAGACGUCGAACCAGUAACUUGCUACCACGGAAUAGUUAUAAGACUAAGCAUAAAUUGUUAUUUAGAACUGGACUGAUGCCACCAUUAUCCAGAAAGAAGCUAUUGAAUUCGAAAUUACGGAAUGCAAUCGCACAAACAGUUGCUCCAGUAAAUAGUAUUAUAAAUGUUCCAAAUGCCAUCAAUCUCAGCCCCAUAGCAAAAGAACAGAACAUCAAAAUGAUCAAAAAUCCGCUCAAUUCAUUCCAGUUGUCAACAUGCCAACAAAUGCUGGAUAUGGAAGAACAAAGUAUUACAAUGCCAAACUUGGAAACAUUCCCAGGAAACGGAGAAUUGCAACAAAUCCCAAGCACACGCAAUGUUCUUACGAUGUCUCAGUUUACAACGAUGAACAAACACAAUUGCUUUCUGUGACCUAUCAUUAUAAGUACUCCUGAUAAGUUAUACGAAGUUUAUUAAUAAAUUGUUCAUCAAUCGUUUAACUUAAUCUUGUAUAAUAAAAACUUCUGCUUACAUAUUAGGACGACAAUCUCCCAGAUAUUGUUGUAAUUAAUAGUUACUGCAGAUCAAAUCUGUUACCACAUACAAGGUAUAUAGCAAAUCCGGGAUAAAAUUACGCGGACAACACGGUUUACCAGACACAUCCUAGAUAAAAUUACCAACUGCCUGCGAAAACUUUGAUAAGUUCGAUCAAAUGAUUUAGGACUACUGUACGA